CCAAAAACUUCUUUUUAAGGUCUGACCGGCUUUGGAGCACCGUCACUAUGGCCGACCACACGUCUCCUGAUUAUUUCAGCUGCUCCCUGUGUCAGAGUCUCCUCAGGGACCCUGUGGCCAUCCCCUGCGGCCACAGCUUCUGCAUGGACUGCAUCGAUGGCUACUGGAACGAAGCGGACUACACCGGGAUCUACAUCUGUCCCCAAUGCAAGAUCACAUUCACCCAGAGGCCCGUGCUGCGACCCAAUGCCACCCUCUCCAUGGUGGCCGAGAAGAUCAAGAAGAGCGGCCUGAACGUCAACCUGAGCGCGUCGCAGGCGAAUGUCUACGCGGGGACCAACGACGUGCCCUGCGACUUCUGCACAGGGAAGAAACUCAAAGCAGUCAAGUCGUGCCUGAAUUGCCUGGCGUCGUACUGCGAGAAGCACCUGAGGCCGCACUACGAGUCAGCCAUGUUCAAGAGGCACAAGCUGGUGGACGAGCUGGGGAACCUGGACAGGAAGAUCUGCCCGCAGCACCAGAAGUCCCUGGAGCUCUUCUGCCGGACGGACCAGAUGUGCAUCUGUGCCAUCUGCACCGUCAGCGAACACAGAGGCCACGACAUCGUGUCCGCCGAGGCAGAGAGGGGCGAGAAGCAGAAACUGUUGGGAGUUUCCCAAGCUGAGAUUAAGCAAAAAUGCCAGGAAAGGGUAAAGGAGCUGGAGGAACUCAAGACUGCUGUGGAUUCACUUAAGAACUCAGCCCAGAGGGCCAUGGUGGAGAGCCAGAAGAUGUUUGAGGACAUGAUUCGCUCCAUCGAGAGGAUGAGGUCGGAGGUGACCAAGCUGAUCGGCAUCAACGAGAAGGCGGCUUUCAACCAGGCCGAAGCUUUGAUCGAGCGACUGGAGCAGGAGAUCGACGAGCUCAAGAAGAAGGAGACCGGCCUCAAGCAGCUCUACAGCACCGAAGACCACAUCCAUUUUCUGCAGAACUUUAACUACCUGUGCACGCCGACCGACGACGGCUUCAUUCCUAAGGUGACCGUCAACCCCGACUUCUCCUUUGCCGCCGUCAGGAAGGCUGUGGCGGAGAUCAAGGACCGCCUCGAGGAAUUCGGCAGGGAGGAGCUGCUCAAGAUUUCCAAAACAGUGAAUGAGGUCCCGAUCUACACGACGGAGAGCCGGACAUUGGACAGAAGAAGCAGAGGUAAAGAAAUGACGGUGGACAAUACUCCUCCUCCAGAGCCAAAGACCAGAGCUGAUUUUAUCAAAUACUUCUGCCAGCUGAAGCUGGACCCCAUCACCGCCUACAAAGAGCUCUACAUCUCCGAGGGCAGCAGGAAGGUCAUCCGCACCAGAGACCUGCAGCCCUACAGCGACAGCCCGGAGAGGUUCGACAGCUUCGCCCAGGUGCUGUGCCGCGAGGCACUGUCCGGCGGUCGCUUCUACUGGGAAAUCGAGUGGAGCGGGGAGUUCUCCAUUGGCGUGGCCUACCGGAGCAUCAGCCGGAAGGGCAAGGGCUCGCUGUGCCUGCUGGGAUACAACGACAAGUCCUGGAGCCUCCUCUGCUCCGACACGGGAUACUCCGCCUGGCACAACCAGGUGGACAAAGCCGUCAACGGGCCGCACUCACCAAGGAUAGGGGUAUACCUGGACCACACGGCGGGGGUGCUGGCGUUUUACAGCAUAGGCAGCAGCUCCAUGACGCUCCUGCACAGGUUUCAGACCACGUUUGUGGAGCCCGUCUAUCCGGGCUUCGGAGUCGGAACGUCUGUGAAGAUCUGCAGCGUCAAGUGAACUCUGAAGUCUGAGCGUCCCUCUGAACAAAUCCACGUUGUGUUUUAUCUAGCAUACAGCAUCGAAGUGUGUAUUUUUUACAGGAAUGUAUAAUUAUAGCAAAACCACAUUAAUGGAGUUCUACUAGUUAUGUUUAAAGGAGGAUGUGUUUUUUUGUUUGUUUGUUUGUUUUUAACUCAACACCAUCGCUUAAUGUAUUAGAUUUGACACUGGGCUGUUAAAUCACAUUUUAAACACGGCUUACUGAAUCAAUAUUGAAAUGCAAAAUCAACAUGUGGAGCAGCUUAUAUAACUUUACAAUGUGCUAGUAAAGUAAACAUAACCAGGAAGGUGACAUUUAUUACACACAAUCCGCAAAUAGUUUCUCCCUCACAUCUAUUACGCAUAAUUUACACCGUAAUCAGCUCCAGCUGUUUAAUCGAAACCUAUGUGAGACCUGUCAUAUUUUAUAAUUGUGUGAUUUUUAUUUUUAUUUUUUAUAUGUUGAUGUUCACUCUUCUCAAACGCAUGAGUUCUAUAGUAAAAAUUGUUUUGGUUUUAUGCUUUUAGUACAUUCAGAAGAGUGCUUCAUCGUCAUUUCAUUUUUUGUUCCCUGUUAUUUGAUCAUGUUUGCAUUGAUUCAGAGCCCUGAAAGUUUAUUUUCACUUGAACUAACUCCUAUUUAAUUUUCUGUAAGUUUUCCAGCAUAAUUAUAUAAUUAAUAUGAAGAAAACUUUUUGUAAAAAAAAAAAAUGAAUAAAAGUCAUUGAUGGUUCUAAAUGAAGAACUAAAUACA